AUGAAGAGUGGUUACUUCUCUCAACCGGGUGAAAAUGUAGCAUUUACUAUCUUUUGCACGGGAAUACUUCUAGUCGUGAAGUACAUGUACGGCCGUCUACUGCGAAAGGAUUAUGUCCUAGGCGUUACACUAGCCAACGAAACCGAAAGGAGUGAAAAAUUACUUUUGAACGUUCUACCGGAAACUAUAGUGGCCUCUAUCAAGGCUAAAGGUUUUGAACAUAUAUUUCCAUCUGGUUUGGCGCAGAGAUUUGACGAAGUGACAAUAGUGUUCUCUGAUGUGGUUGCCUUUACCAAUAUGACAAGUAGAAUGAGGCCUGAGGAUCUAGUGGCAUUACUUAAUGACUUGUUUACUUUGUUUGAUGACAUCGCUGAGGAUUAUGGUCUAGAGAAAAUCAAGACUUGCGGAGAUGCUUAUAUGGCAGCUUGUGGUUUGCCAACUCCCAACGCACAGCAUGCUCAUUGUGGUUGCCGCAUGGCAUUAGCAAUGAAGGUGGGUAUACCGGAGAGAGGUAUACGAGACGAUCAUGGGAAUCCAUUGGCCUUGAGGAUAGGAGUUGGCACUGGUCCAUGUGUGGCGGGUAUUCUAGGUGGGAGUAACUUCAUAUAUGAUGUUUGGGGUGAAGGAGUUACCACAGCACAUCUAAUGGAGAGUACAGGAGAUCCAAAGAGGUCAUAA